AUGGCUUCCAACCCCCCUGCCGCCUGCUGUGCUACUGGCUUCAAGCAUGAGGGUACUCCUGUCGGCGAGGUGAAGAACAUUGACGGUGUCAACACCUACAUCACCUACCCCAAGGACAACAAGACCCCCGAAAAGGCCAUCAUCUUCUUGACCGACAUCUUCGGCAUCUUCCCCAACUCCCAGCUCCUCGCCGAUGAGUUCGCCAAGAGUGGAUACCUGACCGUCAUCCCGGACCUGUUCGCGGGUGACCAGAUCAGCGUCGCGGAUAUGGAAUCUGGCAAGGCUGAUUUGCCCUCCUGGUUGCCUAAGCACCAGCCCGCGAAUGUUGAUCCCAUUGUUGAGGCUUCUAUUAAGUAUGUCCGUGAGACUUUGGGUGUGAAGAGCGUUGGUGCUGUUGGGUACUGCUUCGGUGCUAAGUACGUCACCCGCUUCUUGAAGACCAACAAGGUCGACGUUGGUUUCGCCGCCCACCCCUCUUUCAUCACCCACGAGGAACUCGGCGCUAUCCAGGGUCCCUUCUCCAUCGCUGCUGCCGAAACCGACUCAAUCUUCACCACCAAGCUCCGUCACGAAUCCGAAGACACCCUCAUCAAAGCCGGCCACCCCUGGCAAAUCAACCUCUUCAGCGGCGUGACCCACGGCUUCGCCGUCCGCGGCGAUCUGAACGUCAAGAUUCAGAAGUGGGCUAAGGAGCAGGCGUUCGUUCAGGCCGUUGCUUGGUUCAACCAGUACUUGUAA